AUGGAAUUGACAACAGCGCCAACAACCGGUCCUAUCUACACCUAUGUGCACGCGGUCAACCAAAUUUUGAGACUUCUACCUGUUAGUAAUGAGGAGCCUUUCCAUGGUCUGUUUGGCCGAUUCCUAUUCAUGGGAUACGUUGGGCAUGCGCAUCAACUCUCGCCUAUAUAUUGGCCUGAAGAAUAUCUCGCUCUUACGCAUCCACCCCAUGACAUCCUGCGACAUGUUGGAUUUUUACUUAUUGUAAACGACGCUACACGAUUUUCUAUCUACGAGAUAGAGAAUGGCGGUUCUGCUUUUCUCAAUAAUUGCAGGACCGACUUUUGCGCGCCCAACUCACAUGGGGGCAUCUCUCCCAUCUGGUUGCUUGAUCAGCUGCUCGGUGUUCAGUUUACCCCAGCAACACACCCACACGGAUUCCCUCCUCCUGCUGCGUUCUCCGAAACGAUGUUCCUAGAUUUCGAAUAUGAGCCUACGAUCUUAGAACCUACCGUAUUCGAUAUCUUACCCACACCUACUUUGCCGGACGACGACAGCUCUAUCUUCGAUAUCAUGGCCCUGGCUAGCCCUGAGUCCCUCAGUGAGGCGCAGCCUCAUCACCCAGACCUCCCUUGGAUACGCACUACCCGAGGCGAUCCCCUCAACAAAGAUCAAAAACUAUCGCUCAAACCCUUAUUGGCUGCGUCAUCAUGGGGUCGCUCGAUUAAAUUGGCAAGAUACCUUUUCAUCGGAUGUUUCCUUGUCGGAACGCCCGUCAACCCAUUUUCUAUUCCCGAGGCAGUUUGCAGGCAGUUGAUUACAACGAGCUUCUUGAGAGCUCUCCGCUUUAACCAAAAAACUUAUGAUGAGCUAAGUAAAGAGCCACUGAUCAUCGUGAACGACGAUGGGAGCCAGACCAUUGUGAGAUGGUCGUACUUGCGCAACCGGUUUCAGGACUUCCAGAUUGACGUAACUUCAGAACUUAGAAAAAUCACACGAGGCAGCACAUCCGUAUUGGCUGGGUUUGCGCCCGAUGAGGAUAGUAAGAUGCAGAAGAUUCUUGAGUUGAUUGUCUCGCUCAAUUCAGACGACCAAAAUCUGGUACAAGAAGCUAUCUGCAUCCUUAUUAGAACACAAGCCUUCAGGGAGGUCCUCUGGGCUGCAUUACUACGACCCAUUGCCGAGUUAGCUGAAGGCAAUGCGAGACUAGCAGAUCUAUACCCCGACGCCAUUCAAACUUGGACGGGUUAUCUACGAAAGGGAAUCGUUGGCGUACUGAUUACCCUCAUGUAUCAGGCAUUUACUCUGCAGAUGCCGUCUGACUCGACGAAUUUGAAAGCGCCUGAGAUACAUCCCAGAAUUAUAGCUGCCCUGGACGAGAUGUAUAUGCAUCCAGACCGCUUCGCCCCCUUCUUCCAGGUGGCGCGUGAGCUGCCCUCACUACAGGAGUCAAACGUCUUGGUUAUGGAUCCCAAGAACAAAGUCCCGAAACUCAUUACGGACGCGAUGGGAACGAAGCGGAUGAAGACCUUGCAGGAUCUCGAGCCCAUAGUGGUCUCGUCAACUUCCGAUUUCGAAGUCCCUACAAUAGCUUCGAAUUUUAUUGCUCAUUGGAUCGACGUAGUCGUGAAAAUGUGCGGAUACAGCAUGAAAGUAGAAGGAAUAUUCACGACAUGUCUCGCGUCAUAUACGGGCCUCAAAUCGGCAGUGGUCGUCCCCAAAACUCACAUCUCGCAGACCCAGCUGGAGGUGUUAGCGGCAAACAUGGCGGCCACCGCUCCGCGAGCGCCAGGUCCAAUCAGGAAAUUCGCGCGCUUCUGUGCCGACGGUUUCGGUCGCAUCAUGCAACGAUUGAGAUCGGUGUUACGGAGGGCUGUAGUAAUGACCAAACACCACACAUACCAUCACACACCAGUCCUAGUACUACUACUACCCACUAGAUUCUAG